UGCAUGGCACAAGCCACUUUACGCGAACCGAGCUUCGCGUUUUAACGGGGGGGUAGGGGCAGUUCAGCUCCCCUAUGAUUUUUUAUCUUUUUCGCGUCGAGAAACGCGUCAAGAAGUUAGACCUGGGGUAGUUCAACUUUUAGUUAUAUCAGCACAAAUACUACCUCUCCCUUACCAAUCCCCAUCCCGCGCCACCAUGUCCUCAUCCCUCAAGCGCAAGAGCAACGGGGGUCCCCUCUCCUCACCCGACUCCAGCAAGAAGCCCAAGGUGAACGCGAGCAUAACCUCGUUCUUCGGGGCUCCCGCCUCCUCUCCCACCUCCGCCAAGACUGGAACACCCGCAUCGCCGCUCAAGUUCAACAAGGAGAAAUGGGUCGCGGGCCUGACGCUGGAGCAGAAGCGGCACCUGCAGCUGGAGAUCCAGACGCUGGACCCGAGCUGGCUGGCGCACCUGAAGGACGAGAUCACGACCCCCGAGUUCAUCGAGCUCAAGAAGUUCCUCGAGGCUGAGGUGAAGAGCGGACAGAAGGUGUUCCCGCCGAGAGAGGAUGUGUAUUCCUGGUCCCGGCACACCCCCUUCCACACCGUCAAAGCCGUCAUCAUCGGGCAAGACCCGUACCACAACUUCAACCAAGCGCACGGCCUCGCCUUCUCCGUCCGCCCGCCCACCAAGGCGCCCCCCUCCCUCAAGAACAUGUACAUCGCGCUCAAGAACGACUACCCCGCCUUCACCCCGCCCCCCAACAACGGGGGGCUGCUGACCCCCUGGGCCGAGCGCGGCGUGCUCAUGCUGAACACGUGCCUGACCGUGCGCGCCCACAACGCCAACUCGCACGCGAACAAGGGCUGGGAGCGCUUCACGCAAAAGGUCAUCGACACCGUCGCCGCCAAGCGCACGCGGGGUGUCGUGUUUCUCGCCUGGGGCGCCCCCGCCGCCAAGCGCGUUGCCAAGGUCGACACGAACCGCCACAUCGUCCUCAAGAGCCCCCACCCGAGCCCCCUGAGCGCGUCCAGGGGCUUCUUCGACUGCGGACACUUCAAGAAGACGAACGAGUGGCUCGCGGCGAGGUAUGGUGAGGAGGGCGUCAUUGAUUGGGAUCUUAGUCCUAGUAGUGCGAAGAAGGAGGCGGAGAAGAAGGUAGAGGAGAAGAAAGAGGAAGAGGAAAAGAAGGAGAAGGAGGAGGAAGAGGAGGAACCGGUGCCGGUUGUGGCUGUAGGCGAAGUGAGUGCCGAGAAGAAAGGCAAGGAGGAGGAGAGUAAGGCGUUACAGGCGGAGGGCGAGGAGGGGAAGGUAGAGGGGGCGGAAGAUACGGAGGAGGAGGAGGAGGAUGCCGAGUCCAAGUGAGUGUAGUCGGGCUACAUAAAGGACUAAUAACAGGGAAGGAUAUGAAAGGGAAAAAGGGAACGGGAUAUCUCGUCUAAGUCGUGUUAGAGGUUUCGGCGUUCUACGGAUCUGUGUAUGCUGUCGCGUGCUUGUUUGUCUAUAUAGUAGCUAGAUGGGUAUGUAUAUACUUACCUACCUACCUACCUACCUACCUACCUACCUAGUAAAAAUUUGUAAAGUCAACCCGGAGUUCCUGCGAGUGAGUCUAUUUAGAUAAAGUGCUGAAUCUGGAUUUAGAGAUCCCUAUGAGUCGCAACGUUUGUGCUGCUGCUGCUGCUGAUUUGCUGCCUGCCUACUUCAGCCACGGCUAUUCGAGAUACGACACUAGGUAG